AUGCGCUCCGUACGUUCAUCUGCAGCGCGCAGAAUCCGCACAUCUCUCACCGAGCCCACCACUUCGCCGUUCCGUACGCGACCAAGCGCAACACCGUGCAUGCUCUGCGCACAUCGCAUACCGCCCCAGACGAUAUCACGUCGAUUUCAAUCCUCCUCUUCCAGCUCGAAUAAAGUCGAAAAGCCAUUCGAGACACAGCAAUCUUCCACAGCGCAAUCGUCCCAGGUCCCACAAACACACUACGCCUUCUUCCCCAACUCCUUGCCAUCCGGCCCGCCCCCAGAAGGCCCCUUCGCCAUCGACCUCUCCGCUCUCAAGAAGGAAUUCCUCCAACUACAAGCCCGCGCCCACCCCGAUCUACAUCCACAAGCCGACAAGAAACGCGCCGAAGCCCUCUCAUCACGCAUCAACGAGGCCUACAAAACACUCCAGAACCCGCUUCUAAGAGCACAAUAUCUGCUAUCCUUACGCGGAAUAGAGGUAGCAGAAGAUGAGACAGCGAAGGUAGAAGACCCGGAGCUGUUGAUGGAGGUCUUGGACGCCAGAGAGAGCAUAGAAGAGGCAGAAAGCGAAGAAGAUCUGGUGGAGAUGCGGGAGAGGAAUGAAGAGAGGAUAGCGGAGAGUACGGAGAUAAUUGACAAGGCAUUUAAGAGGGACGAUUUAGAGGCAGCGAAGAGCGAGGCGGUUAAGUUGAGGUAUUGGGUCAAUAUCAAAGAGAGCAUUGAGAAUUGGGAGAAGGGGGCGCCGGUUGUGCUGCAACAUUAG